GAGAAGGUACCUACUGUGGGAGAAGUGGGGGCCGUUAGAUAUCCAGUUAAAGGUCAGUUCCGAUCCGUACCGUAUCAGUAACGACACGGAGCGGUGUCGGAUGUGCGUGAACGUGCCCAUUCGAAAACAACAGAAGAAUAUUUAAUAUUACUGACACCGAACGUAUACGUGUAAAUAGACCUUAAUCAAUUACAAAAGCGUGUAAAAACAGCAAAACUAUACUUUAACAAAAGUUCCAAUUUACAUUUUCGAACGCGACCAUCUUGAACGUAAUCGACGCGAUUUUCGCGCGAAACGCGUCGCGGUUCGCGAUGCGUAUCUCGGUAUCGCGUGUUCACAGGUGUACGCCCGCAGUCGCAAUCCGCUGCUGCACAGUCCGCACCCGUACGUUCCGUGUAGUGCGUCUCAGAAAACUGUCCUUAUCGGAGCAUCGACGUAUACAACGUACACGUACACGCGUACGGUGAAAUCGAAUUUGAAAAAAAUAGGAAAAACAGGGAAACGCAGUUAAAGAACGAUCGGAGGCCGCGACGGUCGUGCGUUUCGUUGGAACGACAAAACGCACGGGAGCCGUCGAAUCACCCCGGCGUUAAAUGUGGCCGACGUGCGAAACGACGGUGCGGUACGUCGUUAACAAAGCUGGUGGUUGUUUUGAGCCUGGAGUGUUACCCGAUUAGAAUGGUUCCGUGUGUCGCGCGCAUCGCUGGCGACCCGUAGUGUUGUGCCAAAAUAAAAUCGGCGUCUAGCUGUUCCUAGCUGGGAACUGCCAGUGGACGGAUGCGCCUCGCCGUUCGGUCUCGUUUGGAAACGGCGGGACGAGCUAUGCGGGAUCGCGAUCACCCGCUCUUUUGUUUCGAGGACUAUGGGUGUCAUAGCAAACCGCUGACGUGCGUCCCGGUAUUUUAAAAGAUAAAAAGAAAAUCGGCCGAACGCGCCGUGGGCUGCGAGCAGUGUUUUUUUUUUUCUUUUUCAUACUUCUGUUCGGCUCCGUGUCCGUCGCUCUCGAAUCCGCAGCCCGGUGGAUUUUCGAUCCGACCUGGCCGAAUAACACACCUGAGAACGGGGUUGCGACACGCGAUAUAUUUCUCCUACGUGCGUGUUUUCAACAACCUUAUCCGCCCUGACGUGAUUCGCCCGGUUUGCCCGCCACAGGACGGGUUAUGUUUCCCACUUUCAUCGGGAUUCUAGACAUUCAAUCGUGGUGGGAGGUGCCAAGUAUAGCACACUUCUGCUCAUUAUUUAGGGCUGCCUUCAAUCUUCUGGACUUUGAUAUUGAGGACUUAGAAGAAGCAUUGUUAACGGAUGGAGGAACGGAGGGACGUUUAGUACAGGAGCUGAUAGUCAGGUUACUCGAAGGUUGUUUACCCAACGACACUCGCAAUGACAUCUCCACUUUUAAUUAUCAGAUGUUUCUCCGUAGACUGUUUCGUAAGAAAUGUCAGGAAUACAAAUGCGAGAAUCCUUUUAAUACAGAUGUAGAUUUCGAGUUGUUACCUCUUCGGCAGAAAGUAGAAAUAUUAAGAGCUCUCUGCGACUUUAGGCUUGACGCUGAAGACGUGGAGCAAUCAUUAAGUAAUUUGGACUCGGAUAGUCUGCGAGUCGAACCUUUAGGACAUGAUCGUAAGAAUUCUGCCUAUUGGUACUUCUACGGCACUCGAUUAUAUAGGGAGGACUACGUCGAUACUUCUGACAGCAUCUCACAUAAACAGAAAAGUAAACCUAGGGAUAAAAAGCGCAAAAGACGACGAAGCAGAGUGGCUAAGGAGGAAGAGGAAGAGGAGGAGAAGAAGGAAGACGGUUUAAUACAAGAGGAAGGGAAAGAAAGUGUUUGGCAAGUUGUCUGCUUCACUCAGCAGGACUGGAGUCGUUUAGUUGAGAAAUUUCGCGAUUCGGAGUACGAUACCGAACGUAAACUCUACCGUACUCUAUCCGAGGAUUUCAUGCCGGAAAUACCGAAGCUUUUUGAUUUGAAGGAGAAGCAACAACGGCGCAAGUUGUUGCAACGUAACAGUUCCCGUGUUCUUCGAAGUCACGAGCCCGCGACACAGAUGGAAACAGUCAUGGUUAGAUCGAAGAUCAAAACUAAAACAAACAAAGGGAGCAAAAAGGGGACUCAGAACUCGAAGAAUGUUUACGUUAAAGAGGAAACACCUCCGCCCUUAUCUUUGCCGCCCGUUCAAAAGAAAGGACGGCAGACUAACAAUUCGUUGGCUUCUGCCGUUGGCCAGAUCGUGAUUCACACCAGGGACGAAGUGGAAGGAUUAGAGAAAAAGAAAGGCGUCGGAAGUAACAGUGACGGGAAUUACGUUGCUUCUAAUUAUGGAUAUAAAUUCGGAUAUUCGUUUGGAAUCGAGGAAGAAGAGCGUCGCGUUGGGAUGCAUAAGGUUCUCGAAAGUCUCAAGGAUCACGUGGAUGCCUGGCCAUUCAUUGAUCCUGUGGACGAAGAAUAUGCACCAAGAUACUAUAGCGUGGUACGGAAACCUAUGGAUCUUAGUACGAUGGAGGAGAAACUCGACGGUGGUUUAUACAAGAAUUUAAACGAUUUUAAACGUGAUUUUGCUCUUAUAGUGGAUAAUUGUAGGCAAUACAAUGGUUCCGACAAUGAGUACACAGAAAUGGCAGUGAAUCUUAAAGAUGCAUUCGACAAAGCUGUGAAUCGCUAUUUGGAAUCGGAAACAUCCAGCGACGAGGAUGCUUCGUCGCCGAAACCGUUCAUCGCCACGCCCGCGUCUCCGUCGUGUCCUUCUCGAGUUUCGUCCCCGCACCAGAAUCGUAAACGUUCGAAAAAGUCUACGAAAAAAUCGAAAUCGUACAAAUCCGAGAGCAAAGGAAAGUCCAAAGUGAACGAUAAGAACGAAGAAGAGGAGAAACGGGGGAAGAAUUAUAAACUUCCGAAGAAGAAGAGGGUGAAGAAAAAGAGUAAACGAGCGAAGGACGAAGAAUCGGUGAACGAAGAAGAACAGGAAGAGCAAGAGAGCGAGGACGCCGUGUCCGAGUCGAGUAUCGUGACUUCGAAGAGAAGGAAGCAUAUCGACGCGAACAAUUUAUUGUUGAAAACCAAAAAGCUGUCAUCCAAAGAAUCGGAGGAGUUGAAGAAGAUGAACAAGAAGAUUAGUAAGGAACGUCAUCAGAAGAAGGAAGCGGAUAACGUGCGGCCGAUAAAAGAAUCAAAAGAGAACAAAAAGCGGAAAGAGGACUUCGAGGAGGAUUACGAGCCCCUAGUCAUCGCGAAAAGUAAAAGUAGAAAGAUCGAGAAGAAAGAGCUCGAGGAGACCGAGAUACUUACGAAUAACGCCAAGAAAAGUAAAGCGAAAAAGGUCGAAUCUCAGGAGGACGAGGCGGAGCCGGAUGACACGGAGAAAACUCAGCAUAUCAAAGUUAAGAAGAGUCGGAAAAAGGAGAAGGGGGCCUUGAAGGUUUCGAAGCCUGACGAGAAGUACGAGAAAAGUCGAGCGAAGGACAAAGAGAAAAAAUCAAAACAGAAAAACGACGAACUGAAAAACGGGGAGAUAUCGAGCGAAAUAGAUUCCAAAGACUUAGAUCUAGAAAGCGAUUUAGAUUCGAAGAAAACUCAUACGUCUAAGAAAAUUGCCGCUUUUAUAGGUGACAAGGAUAUAGAAUCCUUGGACGGUUUAAAGGAUAAGAUUAGCGAAAGGCGACGGGAGGAGAAGCUGAAGAAUGAAAAAGAGAAACAGAAGAAACCGGCGAAAAGCGAUCUUCACAAUGUGUAUUCAAAAAAAGUGCCUUCAAACGGUAGUACCUUUCACGACAGCGAUAAAGCCAGCGCAAGACGACCAAAGUUAAAAAAGGGAAUGAAAGAAGAUAAAGUUCCUACCACGGAGGAUGCGGUGAAAACCCAAGACCAAGAACCAACUGAAACAAAGAAAGUAAAAGUGGCUUCGACCAAGCAUACCAAAGGAUUUGGGAAGGAGGAAAGCUCGAUACAAGCAUUGAAUCAAGCGACGGAGCAAACACUCCAUGACAUCAACAAAUGGCUAGAUGACGCACCAAAGCUUUCCGAAUUUUCUUCCGGGAGCGAUUCUCCGAUAUUUCAUUCUUCCGUUGAGUCUGGUCGGUCGGGACCAAAGGUAGAAGCACCGAGAAAACGACCAAGUUCUAUUAAAAUCUUUGGCCCUCACGGACCCACCAGACCAAAAAAGAUACAACGUACGAUCGAUCGUUUGCAGCCUGGUAAAAGCAAGGGGAACUUGCUUUUGAAAAAACCGCUCAACUUACCGAGCGUUAACGCUAACGAGACAGCUGUUAACCAGUCGGCGAGCGACACCGAUCAGGCGAACAAGAACGCCGACGAGGAACCAAAACUUAGUUUAGGAACUGUGUUAAAGAACGUAGACUCCAUUCAGUUGAUUUGCAAGAGCUUAGUCUCCUCGCCGAAUCCGAAUUUUUCGAACGACGACGAGGAAGAGGACCACAACGCUCUCCCCGUGGCCCCUGUGCCUAGCUUGAAAGAAGAGAAAUCGUCGACCGGAAAACCGACGACGCAGACGCAAACGGUGGCAGAGGAAUCUAAAGACAGCCAAUCCAGCGUAAAAGAGACUCAGAAGCCUAAAGCUGCGACGCCGAACUUGAGCGCCUGGUUCAAAGCGUUCGGGGCACCGAAAUCGAAGAAGAAGGACGAGGAAUCGGAGGACGGCGCGGCUAAGAAAGACGGCGAAUUGCCAGAGGUGUUCUGCGGCAGACAGAGAAGAAUGAGCACCGGCGGUAGCAGCGUGAGCGAAUCCGUUUCCAGUUUCUCUCAAGAAUCGCCACCUGGACGGGCAGGUCGAUCUCCACAGGGACAGCCCGUGAUGGCCUCGGUCGAGCCGCAAAUUAGAGGAGCCGGAUUCUAUCAGGACGCCCUGUCGACGGGAAGUAGUCCUUACAACAGUCCUUAUUACGCCACACCUCCUAGAUACAGUGCCCAAUUGCCGCCCACUCCGUCUCCGCAAAAUCAUCCGCUGUCUCCGGCCUAUCCGUCGUCCUCUUACGAACAAGCGCCUCUCUUUUCCCAAAUACCGGCUCAGCAACCCCAUACAACGUUUCAGAAGUCCCCGCAGGAGAGUUCCGGUGAAGUGUAUCACCAAUUAUCGCCCACGUUCCCGCAGCGUUCCCCUCAGGCCAGCUUUCCUCCGAAUUCGACUCCGCCAGAGACCUUCAAUCAACAAUUGCAACCCGCCGCUAUUCAGAAUCCGUCUCCGGUCUAUUCGCAACACUCUCCGCAACCGAUCCAGCAGGUGUUUCCUCAGCCUUCCCCGCAGCCGCCACCCUCGAAUUACUCGCAACCGUCGCCACAGCAACCUCCUACCCCGAAAUACUCACAACUCUCUCCGCAACAAAACGCAACCAAUUACUCCCAGCCUUCUCCUCAAGCCUCUAGUUACUCUCAAGCGUCGCCUCAGCAACCACAUUCCCCGUACUCUCAGCCGUCCCCUCAGCCACCGCCCACCUAUUCCCAGCCGUCUCCCCAACAGCAACACUCUCCUUACGCCCAGUCGCCGCAGCAAUCGUCCAGUUACUCUCAGCUAUCCCCGCAACCGCCAGCAACCUACUCUCAGCCAUCCCCACAGGCCCCGGCCGUAUUUCCGCAACAAUCUCAACCAUCGAACUACUCCCAUCCAUCUCCGCAGACCCAUUCCGCCAACUACUCGCAGCCGUCGCCUCAACCUCUCACCGUGUACUCGCAGCCGUCGCCUCAACCACGGAAUUACUCUCAACCGUCGCCCCAGCAACAGAUUCAGCCCUUUCCCCAGCAUUCCCCUCAGCCACCCGCCACGUUCUCUCAACCCUCGCCUCAGAACGCGUCCUAUUCCCAACCGUCGCCGCAGCCGCCAGUCAAUUACUCUCAACCAUCCCCUCAGCAGUCCGUCAAUUAUUCCCACUCGAUCCACUCGCCUCAAACCCCUCAGAAUUACUCUCAGCUCUCCCCUCAACAAGCACCACCCAGCAACUAUUCCCAACCGUCUCCCACGCCUCAACAGUCCCGCAACUUUUCUCAACCGUCACCGUCGCCUCAACAGUCUCGCAGCUUGUCACAGCCGUCCCCGUCGCCUCAACAAUCUCGCAGCUUCUCUCAAUCGUCGCCUCAACAGAAAUCCGUCUGCACCUCGCAAGCAUCGCAACAGUCCUCGAGCUACUCGCAGCCAUCCCCGCAACAGAGUACAAACUACACGCCGCAACCGCAGCCGUCUAAAGGCACGGAGGAUUUGUCACAGAGCACGGCCACAGCCUCGCCGGCUGCCGCGAACUACACCCAAGGAUUCAAGCAGAAUUCCUACAUCCAAUCGCCAACCCCGUCCAUCAGCGAGGCAGAGCAUCGAACGGAGUAUCUCAAGUCCGCCGCCAGCACCGCCGAGAAGACCCCGACCGGGGACCAGCAACGAAACUUCGCCGUGGGAACGGAGGCGUCGUUGAACCUGAACGCCAACCAUCAGAUCUAUCAAUCCACUAAUCAGUAUUCAGCGUUCGGGAACAAUUACCCCAACAUCGACCUACAGAGGUCCGUCUCGCGCCAGGAACAACCGCAACAGCAGCAACAGACCCAGGAGCAACGUUCCAGCUUCGCGGAGCUGACGGAGUCCCUGAACGCGCAGAAGUACGUUCAGCAGCGUUCGUUCCUCGGGAAGACGUCCGCCGCCGGCGAGCAGCUGUCGACGCAGGACCAGUCGCAGAUACUAGCGUUCCAGCAGAAUCUGACGGCCCACGAGCAGCUCUAUCCGAGCGGUUUUCAAGCGUCCGGGUACUCUAUGCCGAAUUCCAGACCCGUGUAUCCCAGCCCGCAUUACUUUGACGCCGGCUCGAAGACCGCCACUGGUGGAGCUGCUAACAGUUCAGCCAGUAACCUGCCUCCCGUUAAGAAACGCAUAUACAACGAGUCGCCCAACGAGACGACUCGUACCAUAAACCAAGAGCCUACAGGUAGAACAGGUCAGGAGCAGUUCAGUUUUGAUCCGAUAAUGGGCUUGCCUCAACCCGACGCUGUUUCAGCCAGUCAAUUCGACGCCGCGUUCGUUGGGAACUUGACCGAUCCCGUGGCCACGAAUAACGCUUACGCUCGUUUGGGUCUGGGUCUGGUGGGUCGCGCGAGCAAAGAGCAACAGCAGCUGUUGACCAUCCCUCGACCGCCCGCGACCAAGUCCGAACAUUUAGCGUACUCGAGGAGUCCAGCGCCAGGUGCCGCCGAGCUGGACCUCAAUAUUCUACAGAGCUUGCAAACAGCGGCCAAGAACACGCAGGGUAUACUGUCCAUGUCUCGCAGAGGCGGGGACACCUUGGCCACUGGUUCCACGGCCGCACCGACGAAGACGAGGAAGAGCAGGAAGAGCAAACAGCAGCAGCAACAGGAGCAGCAGAACGUCGCGAACGUUUCGUCCGCGGUCAGCACCGAUACCCAAUCGACCGGUAUACCUGGCUUCUCGCAGUAUACAGGGACAUCCGCGGACUCGAUCAGUCUGAAGAACACCGGCAUGGUCCCACCAGCUGGAAGUGCCUUCAAUUUCGCCGCGUCGACCAGUACCACCACCAGCUCAGCCUUCUACGACAAGGACGCGACAGCUGCGGCGUUCGCGUUCUUGGACGAGUUUCGAAAUCCAAACCGAUACUACAGCAUGGCCCUGAGGCAGCAACAGCAGCAACAGCAGCCCCAACACCCGCCUGUGACGGACGCAGCUCAGCAAGCCUGCAACAAGCUCAGCAACCAACCGCCGAGAAACUAUCCGCCUCAUCCUUUUCUUCAUUCCGCUCAGAGAUCGGCGGCGUACGGUCCGCCAGUGUCCGCGUACGUCACGCCUCAUGGACCGAACCUAACGAUGGACCCAACCGCGUACCAACAGUACAUUCAUUCCCUCUACGCUCUUCAACCGCCGCCGCAUCAUCAUCGACCGUCCUGGCUUUAGCCGUUAAAAUCUUUGUAAAGGGCGUCUUAAGCGUUUUGUACGACGACAUUUCGGGCCGGAUACACACCGUCCUUCCGCUAGAUGGACGAAAUAGCGUUUUAAACCAGGGAUAGAAAUUGACGGACGUUCGCCGACCCAGAUGGUAUGUUGACUUCAUUGCUCCAACCAGACCUGGACGAUUUUCAUGUAACGUUAUUCGAGAUACUGUUUCACCUAUUCUUAUUCACCUGUUAUUGUUGUGAGUUUGUAGGCGUCGAAGUUGAACCAACUCGAAGUUGAGCCCGUGGUAUGUCGGAAGGUGCGAGACUCCAGCGGUGGAUUGGGGACACAGGAACGAUGGGAGGAAGUUCGUGCAAAUAUGUGCUCUGUUUGAAUUUUGUUCCCAAGGUACAGCGAUUUUUGUACUCCGGCAAUUCUUGACGAGUGGUACAGUAAUGCUCGGUUAAUUGAGAGAAUUUCAUUCCUGGAUAAACGAGAAACUAUAUUUCUUCGCAUCGAGCAAUUGUGGAUUGGCAACUGUGAGAAUAAAACCCAAUCAGUUGUGCUCCAAAGCUCGCCGCAUGCGCGUCAACGUGGUAAUCGCUAAUACGUACUACAAAUUGUUAUAUUCCGUAUAUUUGAGAUACGAAAAGUCGAGUUUUGGAAAAUAAUUUUAUUCCCAGCUAAUUGAUAUUCUUCAGUCACAAUUUAUCUCGUUUAGUCUGGCACUACUGUGCAACUGAUUCUAAUUAACAUUCCUGUUGUACAAAAAUAAGCUAUAACUCAGGAACAAGGACAAAUAGGGCAUAUGUUACUAUGACAUUCUUUUCAUUAUUCGCAUGUUCCUAAUCUAUCUCUGACGCGUGUCCCAGAUAUUAGUAUACAUCUUAUACAAACGUAGUCAGAUUUUUCUAGAAGAAUUUUUAGCAUUAAGCGAGGAAUUACUGUAUUACAUUUUUGAGAUACUUUGUGAAAUAACUUUGAAAGUAGUAAUUCUGUGAGAUAACGAAAUAUCGAAAUACUUUUGGAAAUAACCGACGUGUUCAAUGAUAUUUAAUAGUUAAGUAUCUGUUAUCACAAGUAAAUCGAUGUCUCGGUUAUUUCCAAAUAACGUUACGGGAAAUAGAAGACUGAAAUACGAUUUCGAAAAGUUAUUUCUCGUUUUUAUUUAAGGAACAAAUUUGCCCAGGUCUGGUUCCAACUUCGUCGCGGCUCAUUCUCCUUAUUCGGAACACGUGGAUUGUGCAGAGCGUUCUGGAACAAAUGUGAGAGAUAUAACAGACACGCUGGGUAAGUCCUCGAUAAAAGUCACAGAAUCGGGUUGUCUUGGAGACUUUUAACGAGUAUGGUAGGAACUUGUUUCUUUUUUUUUUUUCUUUUUUUUAACUGAAUCCAAGACGAAAAGAGUGAAGGAUAGACCGAAAGCGAGCAAGAUAGAGUAAGCAAAUGCAAAAUAGAAACUGUAAUAUUUUAUAUCGUUUCUUCGUGAGAGCAUUUUUAAUUUUCAAUUAAUUGGUGAGACUGAUAAACAUUAAUAGGGGGAACAUUUUCCUUAAUUUUCAAGCUUAGAUCACGUCUGUUAUUUGUCUGACAUUUGUUCUGGAAUAGCCUUUGCAACUAAAGUCCGGGAUUAAUUUAGAUAAAACUGUGUUUACCAGUGCUUGUGAGUGCAUUUGAUACUUUGUACCUUUCUCCUGUUGUCAAUCAUAGUUGCAGUUUAAUAGAUAACACAGUAUAGAGAUGUUUCACUUGCGUGUAGUCUGUGUCGGUUACCGAUGAUCGGCAAUGACAGCAGAUACAUACAAAGUUUCGCUCGAACGCCGUUAGAUGGCGCUGUUCCCCGAUUGUAAACACUGUUUCAUCUAAUCGUGCUUCUCUGCAAUCAUAAUCAGAAUUUUCGUUCUCGUAAAAACAUCGGUACGGAUGUUUCUUCUUCCUGGAUCGUUGACCUUUCUGCCUUUAAUAUUAGCAACUGAAACAUUUCUUUCGGUUUUUAGCGUAAUUAUUUAUUUUAUUCGUCGAUAUGUGAUCGUUUCACAAAUAUUUUUUUCUUAUUUCGCUUCCGUCCUGAAAUUUCUGAAUUAAUCGAAGAGAAACCUCGGUACCGAUUUAGCAAAAACAAAAACGCGAGAGGAAAAUUCUGAUUACAAUAUUCCUCGAGAUCAUCCAUUUGAAAAUAGCACCGUGAACUCGUGAGGGUCAAACAGUAAAAGAAACGCGUAAAACUUGAUUCUUGUUCUUUCGUUUUUCUCGAAAUGUUUUUUUACUGAUUGACCAGCGAACAACAGAUUUUUAAAGCUCUCUGGAAUUAGGGUACCCGGCCGUUACACCGCGAUUGUCUUUACCCCCUCCCCCUACUUCACAUUUGUUUUCUUGUACAUUAUUUCUUUUUUUUUUUUUUUUUUUUUUUUAUCGAGACGAUACGAAAAAUCUUGGACAUUUUUACACGAUUUAUCAGAGGAAAAAGAAAGGAACUGAAAAUAAGAAAUAUUUAGCUUUUAUUCGGUAAUCUACUAUGUAGUGAUAUGUACAUAAAGGAUAAGCCUACUUCGCGUAGGAAUUUUUGAUAGUUUUUUCUAAUGACUAGUCGACGACUUAGACGUUUAAGUUCAGUCGCUAGUGACCGGAAGUCAUCUUCUAUCAAAAGUUCCUCUGUCUACCAACGCUCUUACACCGUCUCUAUCUAUCCCCCCCCCCCCGCCUCCCCCUCCCCCCUCUUUCAAUCCCUGUCGAUGUAUCGGGAUGUGGAAUUAUGCAAUAUUCGAUUUUUUAGCGAGAAGAACAUUAUAUUACAAAUCCGCUCCGUGACAGUGCUCGUAAUUUUUAGCCUGUCGUGAAUAUGUCCUUUACCCACAUAAUUAUUUUUUUUUUAUUUUUAUUUUUUUUUUAUGUUCGAGCAAAACGAUAAAAAGAAGGAACAGCUAGACGAAACGUAGAGGUUAUACGUGAUUUUUAAAUUCAAAGGAAUUCUGUAUAAUAUUGAGCGCACUGUUGCUGGUGUAUCUUAGAGUAUAUAGAUUUCUAUAGUUCGUAAGCUAGUUUUUCCGUUUCUUUGUAUAUAAAAUACAUAUCUCCUUCAUAGACGAUGUGCUCGAUGUAAAAAAAUGAUCUGCAAAGUCGAAGACAUUGUAGAAUCGUCCGCGGUAGAUUAAAAAAUGGGAUAACGUAGGGAACUAUAGAUGCGUGCGUGUGCGUGUGCGCGGAACAAGUUGAUACGCGAGCCCGAUAUGUGUAUGUAUAUGCCUGUGUAUGACUGGUUGCGUGGAUGACCGGGUGUAUGGGUGUAUGACUCUUGUAUGAAAACGAAGAAAUAAAGUAUAAUACGCCGCAAUCAUACAUUAACCCACCUUAUUGCUAAAAGAAACAGAUGGAAGCGGUAUAUUAAAACUUAUAAAUAUAUACAUAUAUAUUGUAAAUGUAUAUUGUAAAUGUAUCGAUGACAGAUUAAAGCACAGUUUGUUACAAAAUCGUUUUCGCACUGCCGUUCGAAUGAAAUAUUUUAGUAAGUAAUGGUAAUUGACGAUUUCAAGAAACUUCGUUCUUGAAUGGUCUCGCGAAGACACGAUUAUUUAUCGAAGUAAUUAUAAAUACGGGGUGUCCCAAAAAUGUUAUAACACCUUGAAAGGGGCGGUUCAGGGGGUGAUUUAAAACAACUUUUUCCUUAGCGAAAAUGUUGUCCGAGGCUUCGUUGAGGAGAUAUUAACGGAAAACACUGACCAAUCAGAGCGCGAGUAUGCCGAUGGAGCGGUCGUGGGAGCGAAGCUACGCGCUAGGCGGCCACGCUCAUAGGCUACCGUGACCGCUCCAUCGGCAUAUUCGCGCUCUGAUUGGUCAGUGUUUUCCGUUAAUAUCUCCUCAA